GCUGGGCAGGAAAGGCUGCCGGGUGGGCACCUGGGGUCGGGACCUGCGCGGGCUGAGCCCGGCUCCUGUCGCCCUCCGUCCUGCAGGGCCGCCGCGACCAUGGGCCGCGAGUUCGGGAACCUGACGCGGAUGCGGCAUGUCAUCUCCUACGGUUUGUCGCCCUUCGAGCAGCGCGCCUUCCCGCACUAUGUGAGCAAGGGCAUCCCCAACGUGCUGCGCCGCACUGGGGCAUCCAUCCUGCGCGUGGUGCCGCCAUUCGUAGUGUUUUAUCUUGUCUACACGUGGGGGACCGAGGAGUUUGAGAAAUCCAAGAGGAAGAACCCAGCUGCCUACGAAAAUGACAAAUGAGCAACUCACCUGGAUGGCGGUUUCCUGUCUGUGAAAGACCCUUCUCUGGGAGAGGAGUCUGCAUUGUAGUGUCCUGAAGACACAAUAAACUUCUAUGGGCUGCA